AACCUUCCUUUUUUAUUGCAAACUUCUUCAUAUCCUCAAUUGUUUAACUCUAUAUUAUAUUCAGCAUUAUCAAAAUACAUUACAUUUAUCUUAGUUUCCAGUGAUAUAUUCUCAGGCAAUUUACUUACCUUAGUUUCUGGUAAAGAUUUAUUAUCACCUUCACUAUCAACAGAGUUACAAUUUGAAAAACCAUCAAAUAUAUUAUUCUUAUUUACUAUAUCUUCCAAAUUAGAAAUUUGA